UAGCCAGUAAUGUCUUAGAGACUUAUAAGACUGACACUUUUUAAGGUUUCAAUCGAAUGAUAAUAGUUUCCUAGAGGCUGUUCAUACACUCAGUCCAUGCUCUGGUUAACUAAGGUAUGUUUCUCUAACAGCUAGUCACAGUGUAGCUACGACAGUGAAUUAUCACAAUUUGAUUUUUAAAUACCGAUUUCAUAUAUCAACCAGGAUGUCGAAAAUCUUAAUUGGCCUACUCAUUAUAACCACUCUACUCACCGUGACAGUGUCCAGUCCAAUUUCUCGCACUGUAACGGCCAUUACGAGAGAUGACAUCGAUUACCGUCUUCCAAAUAAUUCAAUACCAAUUUCCUAUAAGGUCGCACUGAUACCACAUCUAACAGUGGGAAACUUCAAGUUCGAUGGUGAAAUCAGCAUAGAUCUACAAGUUGUAGAAGCUACCUCGUCCCUUACGUUACAUACAAAUGAUCUGACAAUUGACGAAAAUGCAACAAGCUUAACAGGAAAAAACACUGUACAAACCAUAAGCAAUCACACUUACGACUUAACGAGACACUUUUUAAUGAUCAAUACUGCGACUGUGCUCGCACCUGGAAAUUAUACGUUGAACAUCAAAUACAUUGGUAAUUUAAAUAAUGCCAUGCGUGGAUUCUACAGAAGCUCCUAUAUCAAUGACAACGGGGAAACUGUAUGGCUCGGCACCACGCAAUUUGAACCGACCCACGCGCGACAGGCAUUUCCGUGUUACGAUGAACCUGCGCUGAAAGCUACUUUUGAUAUUUCCAUUAAGCAUUCCGUUAAUUACACUGCAAUUUCAAAUAUGCCUGUUCUUCGUCAAUCCGAGGUCAAUGCAACCGAAGACACGAUAUGGACAUAUUUUGAAACGACUCCUAUUAUGUCCACGUACUUGGUUGCUUUUAUUGUUUCUGAUUAUGGAUAUAUCAGCAACGUUAAUCAGACUUAUCGAGUUUGGGUUCGCAAGAAUGCACUUGCGUAUGCACAAUAUGCAUAUGAUAUUGGUCUUGUGGAACUUGACUUGAUGGAAAAUUAUACCGGUGUUGCUUACAACUUGCCAAAAAUGGAUCAAGCUGGUAUUCCUGAUUUUUCGGCAGGUGCCAUGGAGAAUUGGGGUCUUGUGACGUACAGGGAAUCAUACUUCCUUAAUCAAGAAAAUGUCACUAGAGUCAAUAUACAUCAAUAUACUGCCACUGUAAUCUCUCAUGAAUUUGCUCAUCAGUGGUUUGGAAAUCUCGUUGGUCCAGCAUGGUGGAAAUAUCUGUGGCUGAAUGAGGGUUUCGCCAGAUAUUAUCAAUAUUAUAUAACCGACAUGGCGGAGGACAAUUGGCGCACGGUAGACCAAUUCGUGAUCAAAGUUCAGCAGGGUGCUGCAUUCGUUGAUGACGGAAUGGCAACGUCACAUCCUCUAAAUUACGACGUGGGAAGUCCUUCCGAAAUCAGUGCAAUUUUCGACACGAUUUCUUACAGCAAAGGUGCUUGCGUCAUAAGAAUGAUGCAACACUUCAUGUCCGAGGAGGUUUUCAAAGCUGGUUUAACCAAGUACCUUAACGCGCGGGCAUACAGCUACGCAGAUUCGGACGAUCUCUUCGAAGGCCUGCAGGCAGCUGUGAACGAAAGUUACAUACUUCCAGUUCACUUGUCGAUUAAGGAAAUAAUGGACACCUGGGUAGAACAAAUGGGUUAUCCGGUUAUAACAGUUGUGCGAAAUUAUACAACUGGCACUGCAGUGCUCACGCAGGAAAGAUUCCUGUUGACAGAGUCAACAGUAUCCGAUAAUCAUGAUUACAAAUGGUGGGUGCCAAUCAAUUACGUCUUGGAAAGCAAUCCAGACUUCCGUGACACAUUGGCUGAUGAUUGGAUUCGAGCACAAGACGAGAGCAUAAUAGUAAACAUAGACAACAGCAUGGACCUGUGGUUGAUUAUCAAUAAACAACAAACUGGCUAUUAUCGCGUGAAUUACGAUGACACUAACUGGGCUUUGAUAACCAAAUACUUGAAUUCUAAUAAAUACAAAAAUAUUCAUGUACACAACAGAGCCCAACUUAUAGAUGACUCAUUAAAUCUCGCUCGAUCUGGUCGUCUUAGUUAUUCGGUGACCUUCGACCUGCUCACGCAUCUCGUCCAAGAAGUCGAUUACGUCCCAUGGUACGCGGCCUUCACCGGUUUCAGUUUCCUGAAGCGGAUGCUGGCCAACACCAAGGAAUAUGAUACCUUUAAGGCUUUCGUUCUGCAUCUGGUCACCGCUCUUGUCGAGGACGUCGGUUACGACGCCCUGAAGGAUGAUGAACAUCUUACCAAAUUCAAUCGUCCAAAUGCAUUAACUUGGGCCUGCAAUUACGGGCACGUUGCAUGUCUUUCGACUGCACAAGAGAAACUGCUGGCCUAUCUCGAUGCACCUGACACGUAUUUCAUCGAUCCAAAUUUGAAGACUUUUGUAUUAUGCGCUGGCAUACGAGCAUCAGACACUUCCACGUGGAAUAAUUUGUAUGCCAGAUAUCAACAAACCACCGUCUCCGCCGAAAAAACAGAAAUUUUAACUGCACUUGGAUGUUCGAACAAUAAGAACAUUUUGAAAAAUUAUUUGCAACUUACACUUAAUGAUUCCGCUCUUGAAUCUUCGGUAUCUCCCUCUGUAUUUUAUGCUGUUUAUAGCGGCAGUGAAGUAGGCAUCGAUGUUGCGCUUGAUUUCAUCAUUGAUAACGCACUCGCCAUUUUCGUUGCCGAUGGUCACAAUAAAAAUAUUGGUACUUACUUGACUGGUAUUGGAUAUAGAAUUACGACCAAAGAACAGUACGAGAAGUUGUCAACGUUUCUUGAGCAACAAGUCAGCAUCGUUGCGGAUACAGGCGCCACUGGUAUUGCUUACGCGAAAAGUAAUCUCCAAUGGAUCGAAAAGCAUGAACCAACAAUCAGAGGAUGGUUGAAAGAAUGGACUGACAUUAGUACAGAACCCGGUACAGAACCCAGUACAGAACCCAGUACAGAAUCAGGAAAUUCUGCGACUGUUUUUACAACCUCCUUAAGCCUUAGCAUGGUUACGCUUCUUCUUCACUGUAUUCAGUGACAGUGGAAGAACUCAUUAACACAAUGUAAAUUCAUUCCUAAUGAAACUUAAUGGAGACUGGUUCAUUUAAGUAUCGCGACGUAAUCUUCUUUCCCUUUGACCAUAUGUUUAUACAAGAAAUAUAACAAGAUGAUGUAAUAAAAAAAAAAAUUACGAAUUGGUUUCCAUUCAUGGUCAUUUAUUUAUUAUUGCAUCUUACAGCAAAAUCUAAAGGGUAACAGAUUAUUUAAGGUAACUACAAAUAUUAGCAAUCGACAAUACAUUUAUAAAACAUUAAGAAAAUAGAACUGUCAUAUGAAUUAUUCGGAAUUGUGAAUAAAUAUAGUGUCGCUUCAA